UUUUACCUGUGAUAUGAAGGUGAUAACUCUCACUAUAUAUAGAUGUUAAUUUUUUCCAUAUAUGUAUCAUUAGCUUUAAUGGGGACUGGAUGGCCCCAUACUUCUGCCUGACUCAGUGUUUAUACAGUUCUCAUUCCUAACUUAAUUUGCAGACAUAAGAAGAGGAGGAAGAACAAGAGGAGGAGGAGGAGGAGGAUGAAGGGGACACACAGGAAUCAAAUGAUACUGCCAGAAGAAGAAGAGGAGGAGGAAGAGGAUACAGAGGAAUCAGUUGACACUACCAAACGAAGAAGAGGAGGAGGAGGACUGGGAAGAAGACGAGGAACACAGGAGGAGCCCAUUGGCAUGACAUGGUUUACCAACAACUCUACACAGCAGUACACACUGAUGAAUACUGCCAGAAGAAGAAGAGGAGGAGGAAGAGGAUACAGAGGAAUCAGUUGUUGUUUCUUCUCUCCGUCUGUUGGUUCCUCCCAUGGAGGUAUAAUGGCUGCUGGAGUCCACAUCACCGGAAUCUCAGCUUCCAUUAAUUAUGUGGAGCAAUAUAUUAGCCACACACUCUCAACCCCUCUCGCUUCCUCUGCAGCCGCCACCAAUUUACAGGCCAGUUUCACAUGGAAAACUAUAGCAUCGAUCGGCGCCAUUGGUAACGAUCAAAACAAAGGAUCCCUAAGUGCCGAAAGUCUGUCAUAAGCAGCCUGAAUUUACUAAUUCACCCUAAAGUAACCUUACUCUGUCUUGAAUGACCCUAAACUAAUGUAAUUCACUCCCAUCUUACCUAAAACUACAGUUGAAUUACCCUAAACUUGCCUUAAAAUAAUCCCCUAAACGUAAUUCACUCCAAGGUAACCUGAAUCUGACCUAUCCUGACCUUACCUUAAUAUCCUAACCUUACCUUAACUUAUCCUGACCUUACCCUUAAGUGAGGGUUUCAGGACGGUACAGAAAUAUAUUUACAAUACAUUCCCAAGUAUUCAACAAGUGCCUCACUAAGCAAAGAGUAGUUGGCGUUUUUUUUCGCCGAAUUUGCUUAUCACUCUCUUGACUGAAAUGGGGGGGAUAUCAUAGUGGACAUAGAGGAGGGCAAGUCCGUUCAGGCGCUCUUGGCCAACGGUACUCCUCAAAUAGGUUUUAAGCCUUUUCAAUGCUGAGAAAGACCUCUCGUUGGAGACUGGAAGCGUCAACAGAGUUUUCAAGAGAAUGGCGAAAUUGGGGAACACGCUGGUGCUGGCGUGUGCCUGGGCUUCUUUGAUAGUUUGGAAGACCAAAACAGAUAAUGCCCAGUGCCUUCACGAGUGUCAGGGAUUCCAUGUCGAGCUCGUAGAGCUUCUCCGCUUGAAGCACAGCUGCAACAUCCGUUUCGAGGCCAUUGAGGAGUUGCUUGAGC